CGAUUCGAUGUGUGAUUUUGGCAAUGUUUGUGUUCGCGGGGUUUGAUCCGAGGAAAUCCGUGCUCGUCUCUGCAUCCUGGUCGCUGGGAUCUGACCAAUCUAUUGGGGAAUACGAGCGAGCCAAGCCCGGAUCUGCUGCUGGUGGUGCUGGAUGGAAUCGAUCGUUAGCCCUAGCUCUAUCUGUUCUAGUUCCAGUUCCCGAGAGAAUCUGCCACUAGCUGCUAAGCAAGAUUAGAUUACUUACUAGCGCUAGAUGAAUGUGCAAGUGUUGUACCCCAAGAUCUUUGGUUUAGCCUCCACGCGAUCCCUCCUGCAUUCCGUGUUGCCGUCUCGAUUCACCUGCCAUUGAAUAAUCUAUCGGCCUCUGUGAUGGUUGUUGCUCGAACUCUAUGCAAUGAGGGAGUGCGGGUGAUGUGCUGGAAGAUGACCCUGUCGGGAGGCUUAAGGUGUAUGUCUACGAGUUGCCCACCAAAUACAACAAGAAGAUGGUGGCAAAAGAUUCCAGAUGCCUCAGCCACAUGUUUGCUGCAGAGAUUUUCAUGCAUCGCUUCCUGUUGUCAAGUGCGAUCCGGACUUUGAACCCGGAGGAAGCUGAUUGGUUCUAUACUCCAGUAUAUACGACAUGUGAUCUUACUCCUUGGGGUCAUCCCUUGCCAUUCAAGUCUCCACGGAUUAUGAGAAGUGCAAUUCAGUUUAUUUCGUCGCAUUGGCCCUAUUGGAACAGGACAGAGGGGGCAGAUCAUUUCUUUGUUGUGCCACAUGAUUUUGGAGCAUGCUUCCAUUAUCAGGAAGAGAAGGCCAUCGAGCGAGGAAUCCUGCCAUUGCUUCGCCGUGCAACGCUGGUCCAGACUUUUGGGCAAAAGGAUCAUGUAUGCCUCAAGGAAGGAUCCAUCACUAUCCCACCAUAUGCUCCUCCUCAGAAGAUGAAAACUCACCUUGUUCCCCCAGAGACACCUCGAUCCAUCUUUGUCUAUUUCCGUGGUUUAUUCUAUGAUACUGCAAAUGAUCCUGAGGGUGGUUAUUAUGCAAGAGGUGCCCGUGCAUCUGUGUGGGAGAACUUCAAGAACAAUCCCCUUUUUGACAUCUCAACUGACCACCCACCAACCUACUACGAGGACAUGCAGCGUUCCAUCUUCUGCUUGUGCCCUCUUGGCUGGGCUCCAUGGAGCCCCCGGUUGGUUGAAGCCGUUGUGUUUGGCUGCAUUCCGGUGAUCAUUGCAGACGACAUCGUCCUACCUUUUGCCGAUGCGAUCCCAUGGGACGAGAUCGGUGUAUUUGUGGCAGAGGACGACGUCCCAAAGCUGGACACCAUCCUGACAUCGAUACCAAUGGAGGUGAUCCUGCGGAAGCAGAGGUUGCUAGCAAACCCGUCGAUGAAGCAGGCCAUGCUGUUCCCACAGCCUGCUCAGCCGGGUGACGCCUUCCACCAAAUACUGAAUGGGCUGGGGCGAAAGCUUCCGCACGACAAGAGCGUCUACCUGAGUCCAGGGCAGAAGUUGCUGAACUGGACCCAGGGCCCGGUGGGUGACCUGAAGCCAUGGUAGGUCAGAUGCACUCACCCACCAUACAUAGUUGCUGCUGUCCUCGCCUGUUUGUGCGCACAGCACAUUCAGGGCCAGAUCAGACGAGAGACCGAUGAUGAGCAAAACAAAACCAAGCCAAGCCAUUAAAUGUAAAGCCUCAUGUGUCUUCCUUCCUAGUAGUUCCUACUGCCUUGCCUUGCUUCUUUUUGUGGCGAUGUGCCUGCCUGCCCCUUGUUUUUUUUUUGGUUCCUGUAGUAUUAGACCACUUCUACUAUAGGUGAUGAAGGUGUUGUACCAUAUAAUUAUAAUCACACGUUGCUGAUUUAUAACGGGCAAACAUAAGUAAG